CAAAAUUCCUCUGUUCGGAGCCUGGUUGACGUUCGGCAGGGUUUCCAAGAGCGCUAACAUCGUCUCAGAUGUCAUUCGAUCUGGUGCUUAAGCAGGCGUGCGAAGGGUGCGGGUCGCCGACGGAUCUCUAUGGGAGCAACUGCCGUCACAAAACUCUAUGUCCUUCCUGUGGUAAAACCAUGGCCGAGAACCGCACCCGCUGCAACAUCUGCGGCGUCCCAAUCACCAGGCUCAUCCGGGAGUACAAUGUCCGCGCGAGUACUAGUACAGAUAAGGCCUACUUUAUAGGUAGAUUUUGUACAGGUCUGCCGCCGUUUUCAAAGAAAAAGAAUUUUGAGAAUAAGUGGACAAUUAACAAGGAUGGUCUUCAAGGCCGUCAGCUGACAGAUUCUUUGCGGGAGAAGUUCAAGAAUAAGCCCUGGGUUUUGGAGGACGAGACUGGGCAGUAUCAAUAUCAUGGUCAACUUGAGGGCUCACAGCUUGCCACUUAUUAUUUGCUUGUGAUGCAAGGAAAGGAGUUUGUAGCAAUACCUGCAGGUUCUUGGUAUAAUUUCAAUAAAGUUGCUCAAUACAAGCAAUUGACCUUGGAAGAAGCUGAAGAGAUGAUGAACAAGAGAAAACAUAAUGCUACUGGUUAUGAAAGAUGGAUGAUGAAAGCAGCAAUUAAUGGAGCUGCAGCUUUUGGUGAAAUAAAUAAAUCCGAGGGCUUUGCUGCUGGUGGCAAUGGGGCUGAUGGGAUUCGGCAUAAGAAACCAAAAGCUGAGGAGAAUGGUGAUCAUUCAGAUAGAGGCGAGGAAGAUGAGAAUGAAGAGGAAUCAAGGAAGCUUAGGCUUGGGCUUAACAGAAAGGGUGGAGAUGAUGAUGAGGAUGGUGGAAAAGUGGAUGAUAUGGAUGAUGAUGACAUUGAAAAAGGUGAUGAUUGGGAGCAUGAAGAAAUUUUUACUGAUGACGAUGAAGCUGUUGGAAAUGAUCCAGAAGAACGGGAAGAUCUGGCUCCUGAAAUUCCAGCACCUCCUGAAAUUAAACAGGAUGAAGAUGAUGAAAUUGAAGGCGAAGAAGGUGGGCUGAGUAAAUCUGGCAAGGAAUUGAAGAAGCUGCUUGGCAAAGCUGCUGGACUUAAUGAAUCUGAUGCCGAAGAAGAAGAAGAUGAUGAUGAUAUGGAUGAUGAGACUACAAUUUCUCCAGUGCUUGCUCCAAAACAAAAGGAUGCACCAAAAGAUGAGCCUGCCGACAACAGUCCUGCAAAACAAGCUUCCGGAUCUGCUCGAGGAACACCAUCUAGCUCCAAAUCAUCAAAGUCAAAGAAAAAGACAGGAAAUGACGAUGGAAAGUCUGUUACAAGUACCCCGGCAAAGAAGGAAACUAAACCAUUAUCUAUCAAGGAGGAGUCACCAUCUACCUUUCAAGCUGGUGCACCUUCAAGAGGUUCAUCUUCUACAGCUGCAAGAACAGCACCAGUGCCAAGCGGUCCGGUAACAGAGGAAGAAAUUAGAGCAGUUCUAUUAGCGAUGGCUCCAGUCACAACACAAGACUUGGUUGCUAAUUUCAAGGGAAGAAUUAAAUUGAAAGAGGAUAAGGCUGCUUUUGCUGAUAUUCUCAAGAGAAUAUCCAAAAUACAGAAAACUAAUGGUCAAAAUUAUGUCGUGCUGAGAUGAGGUGGUGGAUUUGCGGAAGGUGAUUGGCAGUGCUGAAUUUUAUCAUGGUCUAUAACUGUUCAAGGAAAGUUAUUCUCUUUACACACAAGUUUCUUCUCAACCAUCAUCUUCCUAUGUUUUUUAGUCUAUCGUGUUAAGUUUGUUGAAAGUCAUGUUUUACUAUGACAUUAUCAUCUUGGUCAUCCUAGUUUUCAUUAUAUUGCAAAGUUGUAUCCACAUCUCUUGAUUAUAAAAAGUUAGUGUUUUAUUAGUGUGAAGUCUGUCAAUUGGCUAAACAUAUCAAUCAUGUAUAUCAUCUAUCUCAGUAUAAACAUUCACAUUC